GGCGUUACCGAGACCGCAGAGCAUUGGCAGAGGGACUGACCGGGGAACGAAAGGCAGUGCGCGCUGGGUCCAAGGUCGAUUGGAGGACCGAGGGAAAGGCUUUUGUUGGAAGCGUGUCUGGAGCAAUUUCGCAAGCUUCCUUUUCCGAGCCUUUAGUCUCUCCGUGACUCCGGGAAGGGAGGGAGCGGCGGGGGGUAGCCAUGGCGGUGACCGAGCAGCAUUGCACGAUUCUCUUCAAUAGCGACGGCUUGCAGUCCAUGCAACAGGAUGACAUCAUCAAGAACCUGGAGCAGCCGAAUAUCUCGGGGAAGGUGACCGGUAUCAAGCAGGCCAUCCUGCUGUUGCUGUCGGGCGAGACAAUGCCCAGGUUGCUGAUGUCGGUCAUCAAGGGGUGCUUGAAGGACGACAGCAAGGAGCUGAAGAAGCUGGUUAUGAUGUACUGGGAAGUUGUGAAGAAGUACGACGCAGAGGGGAAACUCCUGCCGGAGAUGAUCCUGGUUUGUAAUGCCCUGCGCAACGACUUGAACCACCCCAACGAGUACGUCCGCGGGUGCACGCUGCGGUUCCUGUGCAAGCUCCGCGAGCCGGAGCUCCUGGAGCCUCUUAUCCCGACCGUAAAGCUUUGCUUGGAACACCGCCACAGCUACGUUCGCCGCAACGCCGCGCUGCUGUGCUACUACGUCCACAAGAACUUUGGGCAACAGCUUCUCCCCGACGGACCGGAACUCAUCGAGCGUUUCAUCGCCGCCGAGGGGGAUACCUCCGCCAGGCGCAGCGCCUUCCUGUUCUUGUACAACGAGUCCGAGGAGCUGGCCAUCGAUUUCUUGAACAACCACAUGGAGGACGUUCCGAAGUUCGGCGACGGCUUCGCCUUGCUGGUGCUGGAGCUUUGCCGGAAGGUGUGCCGGCGAGACCCUAGCCAGAAGUCUCGGUUCGUGCGGGUGCUGCUGUCCAUGCUCCAGAGUCGCUCCGCCGCCGUAUCCUACGAGGCUGCCUGGACCCUCGUCAGCCUUAGCGGAGCCCCCACUGCCAUCCGGGCGGCGGCAACAACGUACGCUCAGCUGGUCAACACCCAGAGCGAUAACAACGUGAAGCUCAUCGUGCUCGAGCGCCUCGCGGCACUCAAGAAGCACCACACCAAGGUGCUCCAGGAGGUGCUGAUGGACAUCCUGCGGGCGCUCUCAAGCCCCAACGUGGACAUCUGCCGCAAGACCCUGGAGGUGGCCAUGGACCUCGUCACCCCGAGAAACAUCGAGGAAGUGGUGCAGGUGCUGAAGCGAGAGGUCGUGCGGACCCAGGAGGCCGGCAUGGAGAAGGGCACCCAGUACCGCACCCUCCUUAUCCAGGCCAUUCACGGAUGCGCCACCAAGUUCGCCGACGUCGCCGAAAGCGUGGUUGGCGUGCUGAUGGACUUUUUGAACGGCGACGGAGCGAUGGACGUGAUCCUCUUUGUGCGCAGCAUCGUGGAGCAGUACGAGGGCCUCCGACCGUCGAUCCUGUCCAAGCUCAUCUUCUCCUUGAGGGACAUGGUGAACGGCCCCGUCAUCGCCGUCGCCAUCUGGAUAUUGGGUGAAUAUUGCGAGGACGCGGACGCGAUCACGAGCGCCUUCACCGAGCUACGAGAGUCGGUGGGACCCAUGCCUCUCACGGAGGCUAACUCGUCCGCGGCAAACGGAGGGGCCGACGGGGGCCCCGCGAAGGAAGGGGGGGCUGCGGAAGAGGGAGGGGGCNGGGGGGGGGGGGGGGGGGGGGGGGGGGGGGGGGGGGGGGGGGGGGGGGGGGGGGGACUACGGUGA